AUGCAGCAGGACACAGGGAAUUCCAAUAGCGGAGUGACUCGAAAUGGCAAACGUAGCCGCCACAAUGGACCAAUGCUCCAAUUAAACACUAGACCAAUUGAAUAUCUUAUUGAUACGACUGCUGAGGCUGUGAAAAUGCGUUUUUUAAAUUUUCUUUGCAGCUACAGACAGCAGGACGACAUCCAGCUACAAAAUGAUCCUGAAACUUCUAAGAUUAAUUAUAGUCAACAGGCUGAAGUCAUGCGUCAUACGGAGACCUCGUCCUUAUUUGUGGACUUUUCCCAUGUCCUGGAGUUUGAUUCCGACUUGGCACAGGCUUUACAAGCUCAAUAUUACCGCUGGGAACCGUAUUUACGACGUAGUGUAUUUGAGUUUAUUAGGCUCGAAGAUCCGGCCUAUACGAUCAAUGAGGAUGCCAACAAGACUCAACGAGAAUUUUUUGUAAAUUUUUACAAUUUUCAGCACGUUUCGCACAUACGAGACCUACGGACCAAGAGCAUUGGCGAAUUACUGUCGUUUUCUGGCACCGUGACAAGAACGUCAGAAGUACGACCAGAAUUAUUGUUUGGAGCGUUUACGUGUGCAGAUUGUGGUGGUGAUACUACGGGAGUGGAACAGCAAUUUCGAUACACUGAACCAGUCAAGUGUCAGAAUCCGUACUGUGUUAAUACGUUUUCAUGGGAACUGAAUACGGAAAAGUCGGUUUUUGUUGACUGGCAACGUGUCAAAGUACAGGAAAACAGUGAUGAAAUUCCGGCUGGUAGUAUGCCACGAUCAAUUGAUGUUAUUUUGAGACAUGAAAAUGUCGAACAAGCUAAAGCUGGAGAUCGUGUUGUAUUUACGGGCACGUUAAUUGUCGUACCGGACGUUUCCAAGUUUGCGAAGGCAGGUGGAGAGAAUGCAGUUGCUACUCGCAAUCAUACACAGCGGCCGCGACGUGGUGGAGAAAACAGUACAGAGGGAAUGGAGGGUGAAGGCGUUCGAGGUCUCAAGGCUCUUGGUGUGAGAGAACUUACUUACAAGACAUGUUUUCUGGCAUGUAGUGUGCAAACGAUGGAGCAACGCUUCAACAGUAUUUCUAUUCGUAGCGAGCUUAACGAUGAUGGCGUAGAAGGAGAAAACGGUGGUGACAUGGCAUUGCAAGAUUUCAGCGAAGAGGAGCUGGCUUCGAUCCGCUGUAUGCAACAAGAUCCGGACAGGUAUUCGAAGAUGGCAAAGUCGAUUUGUCCAUCUGUAUACGGACACGAUGAAGUUCGCAAAGGUAUCUUGCUCAUGCUGUUUGGUGGCGUACACAAAAAGACGAUGGAGGGAAUUAAGUUGCGUGGCGACAUCAACGUUUGCAUUGUUGGCGAUCCGUCUACUGCAAAGUCGCAGUUUUUGAAGUACAUUGUUGGCUUCUUGCCUCGCGCAAUUUACGCAUCAGGAAAAGUAAGUUCGGCUGCAGGUCUUACGGCUUCGGUGACACGAGACGCAGAUAGUGGCGACUACUGCGUCGAAGCUGGUGCUCUCAUGCUUGCCGAUAAUGGUAUUUGUUGCAUUGAUGAGUUCGAUAAGAUGGACCCUAUGGAUCAAGUAGCUAUUCACGAGGCUAUGGAGCAGCAAACUAUCUCAAUUACGAAGGCUGGCAUUCAAGCUACGUUGAAUGCGCGAACAAGUAUUUUGGCAGCUGCAAAUCCGUACAACGGCCGAUACGAUAAGUCGAAGACACUCAAGUACAACGUGAAUAUCUCAGCGCCCAUUAUGUCUCGUUUUGAUUUAUUUUUCGUCAUUUUGGACGAUGGCGACGAAGUCACGGACCUAAAAAUUGCAGAACACAUUGUAAAUAUUCACAUGCCAAGUGAUCUGCAAGUAAAGGCAAGCGACAAUGGUGCUUACACGGAAGAAGACCUCAAGCGCUAUAUUAAAUUUGCACGAACGCUUAACCCUGUGAUCACGCCGGAGGCCAAGAGGAUGAUGGUAGCUUGCUAUCGAAGUCUACGCGAGAACGAUGUCGUGAGCAAUGGCCAAACCAAUAUUGCUUACCGCAUAACCGUACGUCAGCUCGAGUCUAUGAUUCGUUUGUCUGAGGGUUUGGCAAGACUCGACCUCAGCGAGACGGUGCUGGUUUCACACGUGCAAGAGGCAUAUCGACUACUGAGCAAGUCAAUUAUCCAUGUUGACACGCAGAAUGUCGAGUUGGAGAUGCCUGUUCCUGCACCAGCCGAAGAUGAGGAAGAUCGCGAUGGACGUGAUGGCAACGGUGGCGGAACUCGCGAUGAUGAUGAUGAUGAUGAUGAUGGAGGUGAUGGCGACAAUGAUGAAGGUGGUAGCGGUCAGAAUGGUACUGUUCCUGGUGAGUCGUUCCAUGCAAAGAAUCAAUCAACUGCUACGAAUGGUACACCAUCCAAGCCAAAGCAAGCCUCGACCGCAUCAUCUUCUCUUUCGUUUGAGCGUUUUGCAAGAAUUCAGAAAGCUAUCGGAAGGUUCAUUCGCGAGGCAGAAGAAGAAGCAACAAGUGCCAAACUAGCUCGUGAGGCCAUUCGUGCACAGACUAGUGCAAGUGACAAAAGCGAGCAGGAGGAUGGAAAUGACGAUUGCUAUGAGGAAGAGGCGACUGGUGUACUACAAGGUGAACUCGUGACGUGGUACUUGUCGUCUCAAGACAUUACGUCAGAGGCGCAACUUUCACGCGAGAAGCAGAUGAUUUGCUCUGUCAUUGACAAACUACUGCAGGAUAAAAUCUUGUCUGUGGUGGACAUGGAAGAAGAUGACGACGAGACCAUGCAGACAAGCCAAGGUGAGAACACUGACAAUCAAGAACAGAAGGCGAAGAAGACACGGACGAAAAAAGUGUCAGCUGAGGAAGAAGAUGCCAAGAAACAGCAGCGAUAUUUAACAGUGCAUCCCAAUUAUGCCUUCGAGUAG